UGCUGUAAACGAAACCAAGUUGCAUCUCUCUCUGGUUUACGUUCUCGACGAAAGUUAAAUGGGAUUUUGAAGCUCGUGUAACUGUGAUUUGUGUUUAUACAAAAAAAGAUACGAAUUGUAAAUGAACAACUCAAAAUUAAAUUGUCAACAAGAGUAGCGUAUUUAAAACGGAUUGUUAUUCGUACGAAUGGCGGUUAAAAAAGUUCAACGGCGCACACGUGCUCCGCUGCAAAAGUCUAUGCAACGAAAGUUGAAGAUUAAAGAACAACAAAAACCAAUAAGCGAAGUGAAGAAAAAAGAUAGAAAAGCUGUAAUUAUUGCUCAAGAAAUUAAAUUUGCUCGUCUGUUAUCGAGUAAUGAUAAACGUAUUCGAGAUACUAUACUUAAAAAAUUAAAGAAAUGGUUGACAGUUCGUUCGAACAGUUCCUUUGCAUUUACAGACACAGAUUUUAUGCGAUUAUGGAAAGGAUUAUUUUAUUAUAUGUGGAUGUCAGAUAAACCUUUAAUUCAGGAAGAAGUAGCAGAAUCUAUUAGUAAAAUUGUACAUUGUUUUAAUGCUAAAGAUGUAGUAUUACUUUAUACCUACUGUGCUUUAAAAACGUUAAGUACAGAAUGGUUUGGUAUAGAUCAAUAUAGGUUAGACAAAUUUUCUAUGCUAGCUAGAAGAAUAAUACGUCAAACUUUUGUAAAAUGUAAACAAAGUUCAUGGGAUAUGGAAUUCAUAGAAGACAUUUCUGAAAUACUUGAAACGCUUUUAGUAGACCCAAAGACAUGUCUUGGUUUUAGCAUGCAUUUAACAGAAGUGUUUUUAGAAGAACUUUCAAAGAUCAGUGAUGGAGUCAUAUCAGAAGAUGUAGUCACAGAACUUAUAAAACCAUUUGUUUCAUAUUUAAUAAUCAUGGAUGAUGAAAGACAAAUUAAACAUGUUACAAGACAUAUUUUUAGAUAUUUAAUCAUGCAAUCGGAUAUUGGUAUGGAUUACAUGGAAAAAUUUCAAGCUUGGAAAUCUGCUGGGUUUCCUGCUGGUUCCAUUGAUGCUAUGGAAAAAGUUGAAGUGUCAGAUGGAGAAAUGGAAGAUAAUGAUGAAGAAGAAAAGUUACUUCAAAAUCAAAUGAAACAUGAUGCAGAGAAACUAUUGGAUCCAAGAGCUGGAAGAGUAAAUGUUGAAUUACCACAAAUACCUUUAAAUGCUAAACAAAUCGUUGCGCUAUUAGUUCAGUAUAAAUUUCAUCCCUUGUCAACGACAAAAUCGCGUAGGCAACUUAAUUGCUUCAUCAGGGAAUUUACAGAACUAUCGGAAGGUAAAAUGCCGCUUGGUAUUAAAGAAAUAAGAAUUCCAAUUACGCAGAAGAAGAAUACAGAUACAAAAUUAGCGGCAAAGCGUCUUCUGGAAUUUGAAGAAGAAUUAUAUUCAGAUGCACCGCAAAGAAAACGUAAAAAAAAGAAAAACGGCCAAUUCACGAAAGACGAAAGCAACGAUCCUAAUGGAAACUGUUCUGAAAAUAUUAGCGACGAAAAUACCAUAUCGCAAAUAGAUACAAUUGAAAAUAUGAAGAAGAAUCGUUUAAAAAAAAAAAAAUUUAAAUCAAAGGAAGAAGUUCGCGGUAGUUGUAAAAUAGAUGUAAAAAAUGAUAAUUGUAAAUUAAAAAAAGAACCCUCGCUUUCAACUAAGAGAAGUAAAAAGACGAAAUUUAAAAAAAACAAAACCAUCUCUGUAAAUACAUUAAACGUUGAUACACCAGUUAAAAAAAAAAAGAUGACAAAUAUCAACGUUUGUGGCAAAUGGGAUGUUUCCGAUAAUAUAAAUACUUCAUCGAUACGUACGUCAUUGAACGAUGAAAAGAAAGAACCGCAUGUAAAAAUUGUUGAGAAACUUGAAAAGAGUAACACCAUCAGUGAACAACCAACGUGGUUGCUUCCCGCGUUAAAGAAAUGGAAGAAUGAAAAAAUUAGUUUGAAAGAGCAUCGUAAAGUAAAUACUAACUUGAAUGCGAAAAAGCGAGUGAAAAUAGCACUUCAACGUAAUACUGCUCAACAUACAUCUGAAUACAUUUUACAACUUCGAAAAAGUCCAUCUAUUCCAUUUGACGCAAACAGGAAGCCGCUAGUAGGUGUACUGAAAGCAAGUCCGAUACCUAGUCCAAUUAAUCCAUUUUAUAAAAAGAAAUAUUAAUUGGAAUACUUGGUACCCCAAUAAUGAAGUUAUGUAACUACUUUCAAAAUAAAUAGUUUUAAAAUACUGUCAAAAUAUAAGUUUUAUAGAUGUUUACGUUUAUCCACAGUAUUUAUUCACAUGAUGCUAUUCGAUCUAUACAAUAUUGUAUAUAACUAUAUAACAUUUAUACAAUGAUAAAAUUCUACAUUAGUCACAGCAUGGAAUACAUCGAAAUGAUUUAAUUACUUUUUUUUAUUUA